AUGCUUUAUUUGGUUGGUCUUGGCUUGUCAUACAAGUCUGAUAUCACCGUUCGUGGUUUGGAGGCCGUGAAGCAAUGUUCUCGAGUGUAUCUUGAACACUACACCAGUAUCCUGAUGGCUGCUUCCAAGGAGGAAUUGGAACAAUACUACGGGAAAGAAGUCAUACUAGCCGACAGAGAAUUGGUAGAGAGUGGUUCUGAUGAUAUCCUACGCGAUGCAGACAAGGAGGACGUUGCGUUCCUUGUCGUAGGUGAUCCAUUCGGUGCUACUACACACACCGAUUUAGUUCUAAGAGCCAAGAGACAAAGCAUCCCAGUGGAGAUAGUGCACAACGCUUCAGUGAUGAACGCAGUUGGAUCGUGUGGUUUGCAACUGUACAAUUUUGGUCAAACAAUUUCAAUGGUUUUCUUUACUGACAACUGGAGACCAGACUCCUGGUAUGAUAAGGUUUUGGAAAAUAGAAAAAUUGGUUUGCAUACCUUGGUGUUGUUAGAUAUCAAGGUCAAGGAGCAAAGUAUCGAAAACAUGGCUCGUGGGAGACUGAUCUAUGAGCCACCACGUUACAUGUCGAUCUCGCAAUGUUGUGAGCAGCUUUUGGAAAUUGAGGAAACAAGAAGAAGCAAAGCAUACACACCUGAUACUCCUGCUGUGGCUAUUAGUAGGUUAGGCUCAUCAACUCAGACCUUCAAAUCCGGCUCUAUUAAGGAGCUCGCUGAAUAUGAUUCUGGAGAGCCAUUGCAUUCUCUAGUCAUCCUUGGGAGGCAAUGCCACGAGCUUGAGCUAGAGUACUUAUUGGAAUUUGCCGAUGAUAGAGACAAAUUCAGAAACGAUGUGGUCGCUGAUCAAGAAUUUUUCAAGCCUGCUCCAUGGGUGCCGCCUCAGGAGGAUGAUGAUUAA